CCGCCCCCCUGCCGCAUGGCGCUCGCGCGAACCGUCCCGCUCCCGCAGCUCGCUUCGGCCUCGCCCCUCCGCGGACACCGCCGCUGCCGCCUCCUCCUCCUCCCCGCAAUGCCGCAGGCGCGCGGGGUCGCCUGCCGCGCCGCGACGACGACGCCGGCGGCGGUGGCGUCGGUGGGCGUCGGGGAGGACCUGCCCGAGGGGUACGAGCAGAUGAUGCCGACCGUGGAGGCGUCCCAGCGGCGCCGCGCGGGGGUUCUGCUGCACCCGACGUCGCUCCGCGGCCCGCACGGCAUCGGCGACCUCGGCGACGAGGCCCUCGCGUUCCUCGACUGGCUCCACGGCGCCGGGUGCACGCUCUGGCAGGUUCUUCCACUUGUUCCCCCGGGAAGAAAAUCCGGGGAGGAUGGUUCUCCUUAUUCAGGACAGGAUGCAAACUGUGGUAGUACCUUAUUGAUUUCUCUCGAAGAGCUUGUUAAAGAUGGGCUGUUGAUGGAAGACGAACUUCCUGAUCCUUUAGAUAUGGAAUAUGUUGAAUUUGACACCGUUGCUAAUCUGAAAGAACCUCUUAUUGCCAAGGCAGCAGAGAGGCUACUACAGAGCCCUGGAGAGCUCAGAAGGCAGUAUGACGAAUUCAAGAAAAAUCCAGAUGUUUCAGGUUGGCUUGAAGAUGCUGCACUUUUCGCUGCUAUCGACAAUAGCAUCAAUGCAGUGUCCUGGUCUGAGUGGCCUGAACCGCUGAAAGAUCGCCAUCCUGGAGCCUUGAAAGAUAUAUAUGAAAACCAGAAGGACUUUAUAGAAAAUUUUAUGGCACAACAGUUCUUAUUUGAAAAGCAAUGGAAACGGGUUCGUUCACAUGCACAGAAGCUUGGCAUCAGCAUAAUGGGUGACAUGCCAAUAUAUGUUGGCUACCACAGCGCAGAUGUUUGGGCAAACAGGAAAUCAUUUUUGCUGGACAAGAAUGGUUUCCCCACAUUUGUUAGUGGUGUUCCACCUGAUGCGUUCAGUAAAACUGGUCAGUUAUGGAACAGCCCAUUGUAUGACUGGAAAUCUAUGGAAGCAGAUGGCUUUGCAUGGUGGGUAAAGAGGAUUAAACGUGCCCUUGAUUUGUAUGAUGAGUUCCGUAUUGACCAUUUCCGCGGGCUUGCUGGUUUUUGGGCAGUUCCUUCGGGAUCAGAAGUAGCGAUGUUUGGAAGCUGGAGGGCUGGACCAAGGAAUGCCUUUUUUGAUGCGCUUUUCAAAGCUGUUGGUAGAAUAAAUAUAAUCGCAGAAGACCUGGGGGUGAUAACUGAAGAUGUUGUUGAGUUAAGGAAGUCUAUUGGGGCUCCGGGGAUGGCAGUUCUUCAGUUCGCUUUUGGUGGUGGUCCUGGCAACCCCCACUUACCUCAUAACCAUGAAUUGAAUCAAGUUGUAUACACUGGGACACAUGAUAAUGAUACAGCUGUUGGCUGGUGGCAAAGCUUACCAGAGGAAGAGAAGCAAACUGUGUUCAAGUAUCUACCGCAGGUCAGCAACUCGGAUGUCUCUUGGGCGCUAAUUGCUACUGCCCUCUCUUCCGUUGCGAGGACUUCCAUGGUAACCAUGCAGGACAUACUCAGCCUUGGCAGCUCUGCUAGGAUGAACACUCCAGCUACACAGAAAGGAAAUUGGAAAUGGAGGAUACCAAGCUGUGUCAGCUUCGACAGCCUUAGCCUCGAAGAAGCAAAGCUGAAGGAGUUGCUUACGCUGUACGGCCGGCUGUGAAUUUCUUGGUUCUUCAGCACCACUCCUGUGUUCUCUGUCUCUUCAGGCUCGGAACUGCCAGACGGUACUGCCAUAAACUAGCAGCCAAACAUGAAGGAUCUGCUAUUGUUCCGCGGGAUGUUGGCACCUGUCCCCGAAUAAUAGGGUUGUGUUGAUUGGUUGCAAAUUCACAUGCUUGAACUUGAAGCGUCUUGCAUGUCUACAACUUGUUUAUUAUGGUGUAUAUAUAGUCCUAUGAUAAUAAAAUGGUAGUCCUUUAUUUUCCCAUUUCGUCUAUGUACUAUUGUAACUCAUGAGUCUUGGAACUCUUGAUAAGUGGGAUAUGUGUAUCAAGUUCUUUUUUACAUUUCAGAGGAAAUUCUGUGUGUUAAGGUUUA